GACAGGUCCAAUAUCUGGAAUAUAAGGCUGAAGUUUUCCACCAUGGCGGCAUCUGGAUUCACGGCAGCCCUGCCAUCGUUUCUUUUCACUCAGAGCGUGCUUGGCUCCCACUGUCAAAACCACUUGACGAGGAGUGGCUUGUUGAAUCCAUGCUUGUGCACCUUCAGCUCCUUGAAAGCUAAUCACGUUGCGAGCCUGGGCAACUGUAAGCGAUUGACAAGAAUAUCAAGGCUUUCAGGAAGGAGAAAGGACUUUCACGUUCGUUCAGCCCUUCCCGACGACGCAGAAGAAGCAAGUACAAGCGGAAGUGGCGACGACGACAGCCCGACGGCCGCUGAGAUCGACUGGCGCGAGUUUCGGGCGCGACUCGUGGCGCGCUCCGCAGCCGAAGCUGCGGAACGUGCCCGAGAGGAACAAUUAGAAAGCGACGCUGCGGAAGAUAGAGCUGUCCCGGAGAUCCAACCGGGGGGCUCGUGGGCGCAUCCGCUGGUUCUACCGGAGGUUGGCGCCCUGGUUAUCGCCAAACCGGGCUACUUUAACCAGAAUCAGCAGUACUUCAACCACGCCGUCAUUCUCUUGCUGCACCAUGGGGAGGAGGGCUCCAUGGGGAUAAUUCUCAACAAGCCUACAGAACACACACUUGGCACACUUUUCGAAGGCAUAGACACGCUCUCCCCAGAGUUGGCCUCGGGGCGGCUUUACCUUGGGGGCGAUGUGGGGCAUGGGGCCACGCAUGUUUUGCAUAGGCACUCGGACCUUGACGGGACGAGAAAAGUAGUCGAAGGGGUUUACACGGGCGGGUUCGAGGCGAUCGGGGAGCACAUCCGGGCGGGCAAGAGCGAAUGCGACGAUUACCGAUGGUUUCAUAUGUAUGCAGGUUGGGGACCUGGACAACUAGAGAACGAGGUCAAAGCCGGCGUAUGGUUCCUCGGAAGUUGCUCAAGAGACUUGCUUCUUACUCACUCAGAGGACUUGAAGACGCCCCUUUGGGACGAAGUCCUGCAACUGAUGGGUGGCACUUAUGCGGAAGUGGCAAAGCGGAGAGCUGAGGACAUGCCUUGAUCGAUUGUCCUUGUAUUUGUGAUUUUAGUGUACAUAGAUUCGAGUAUGACUGUGUUGGGCUCAAUGUCAAUUAGACGUACUCCCGGUGCAAGCCCUUACCAUCCCCAACUCUUUGGAUGAUGGCUGACAUAAGGUGCCUUUCAUUCAGAAAUGCAAAGCAUCGGUCUCAACUGGUCUGCGAUAGGAGCCU